AUGUCUGCCGCAAUUGGAAAACUUUUCAACCCUGCAUCCUACACCAAGGCUUGGGGAAAUGUUGCUACCCGGGCACAAGCCUACUACCAUCCAAACAUGCGUGACAAUGGAUCCACUUUCCUUUGGCACAUGAUGUUUGGAGUGUCUGUCGUGAUGUACACCGGCAACUAUGUCUCGCGCAGCUAUCCCUUGGUCCAAGAAACAAGAGAGCAAAAGAGAGUGGCCAUGAAGGAAUACUACGAAAAGCACGGAGGAGGUGACCAUCACUAG